CUUUGAGUUGUGUAAUUCGCCACAAUUAACAUCAAAUUGAUCAGCGUAACCAUGUUGUUGUGACCUUUAUUUUAAUACCUUAUUGCAUUAUGAUUGAACAAUGAAUGGGGAUACAUUCAUUUUAUAGAUUCAGCCUGUAAAAGUCAUUUGUAUUCAUAUUACUAAUCCUGUAAGUGUCAAGCUGAGCACUGACAAUCCUCACAUCACUGAGAGUAGACCAAAGUUGGAUAUAGAACUGCACACACACGCAGUCACACAGAGAGAUACAGGCUGAGGUUAACAAAACAUAGACAAUCAUCAGUAUUUUCCAGGGAGUCUCCAUUAUUUCUGGCUUGGGGUCUCUAAUGGUAUUUCAUUGUAAUUGCUAUGAUGUCAGAGUGUCCGUCCGCCCUAAUGGGCUUCUAAAAACAACAACAAGGACAGAUUGGUUCCAUUCACUGGUUGUUGUUCGGGCAGAGAGACACCGGAGUCCAGCAGCUCAAAUCUCUGCAAGAUCUUCAGCUGAAAAGGUGAGAAGUGUUUUUGUUAAACAUCUCUUAUUAUUGUAGGACAGGUAUGCCUUAAGUAAUAAUCAAUUCACAAGAGACUUCUAACUGCUUCACGGACAAGAAGUGUGCUUAAUUAUGUCAGCACUAAGUGCGUUUUACACCCCACUUAGUGUAGUUUCAUAGCAUACUGUAUAUGGAGCCUUUGUACUGACAGCGAACACAGUGUGGUGUUAGUGGUCUCAAUGCUUCUAAAAGUACUCCACAGCGUGCUGUUCAUGCAGAAAGUAUUUUUAUUUCAGUGUUAAAUUUCUAAAACAAGUGAAGCAUUCUGCAGUCUGGCUGAGUUGACAUGAUUCCAGUUGUCUCUGUGCAGUUUAAGUGGUUUGCUUGAAAGCGUGCAGAGUAAUUAAGCAGAUGUCGCCAACGGCAUGAAGGAAAUCACUCUUGGUUCUCCGGGUGAACCAAGGCAAAUAUACGGUCAGAUUUGUCAAUAAAUAAAAGUUUUUUUUAAUUGUUUAUUUUCUGUUUGAAAGUUACAUUUUUCCUCACAGACAUAAAUAUACUUUUUACAGUGUAAACUGUAGGUCACUAUUGGUUGCAGUAGUGGUAAUGAACACUAGGUGGAGGUGUGAGUCAUGCUGAACCUCACAGUAUGCUGCUCUCAAAGUCAGCUUUUGUGGCUCUUCUUCCCCUAUAGAUGUAAAAUAUUGACAUCAAAUCUUUUGCAGUUCAUGAUCUAAUAAUUAUAAGAGGCCAAACUAAUUAUUUAAAUCUGUGCUUUACGUUCUACACAUAAUUUUUUAACUGUCAGUGAAGAGCGGUGAACAGGUCUCACUAGGUACAGCAGGUCACGUAGGAAGUUGAGGAAUUGAAUACUCUUUUUUUUUGUAUUCUUCUUUUUCUAUCCAUCAUUCCCAGCAUGCAUCUCUAUCCCCUGUCCCUCUCUUUCCUCCUCCUCCUGGUUGCUGCGACAGCUGUGGUGUGCGUUACCGUGACGACCACACUUCAUGGUUUCCGAGGCUGCGCCGUGCGAGAGUUUUCCUUCGUGGCCCAGAAGCCUGGCUGCAAGGCACUGCGCAUCACCACAGAGGCCUGCUGGGGGCGCUGUCACACCUGGGAGAGACCUGUACCGGAUCCCCCCUACAUCCACCGCCACCACCGUGUGUGCACAUAUAGUCGGACCCGCCACAUGACCGCCCGCCUGCCGGGCUGCCUGCCCAACGUCUCCCCUCUCUACCACUACCCCAUGGCUCUGCAGUGCCACUGUGCCGUCUGCUCCACACAGGACACCGAGUGUGAGACCUUCUGAUGGGCGGGACGCUGCUUUGAACAAUGUUAUCAGCAGUUUUACUGAUAUGACUCUAUGACUCUGAAU